ACUAGUGAAUCAGCCGAUCGUAUGUCCUUUUAUCGCAGCAGCAAACGAUAACAAUCACGCAUGCAUUCUCUUACACGUUCGUCUUCUCGAAUCAAUUUUGACUGGUUAAGGUUUUUUCGUGCAAAGAGAUUAUGUGAGGUACUUGCCGCUUUGGUGACAGCCGCUGAGGUAUUUUCGUAUGCGUUUCUGCCUCCAGCUAUCCAAUGGUCAUUCAUGCUGGCUUCAGUAGCUCUGUUCAUGAUGGUUUGUGCGACUGUCAGAAGUUUCUACAGAGUCAACCCAUACGCCCUCAUAGCUGGGACCUGGCUCCUGAAGCUACCCGUUGUGGUCGCAAUCGUAAAGAUAAUUUAUACUAUAGUUUCCUAUAACGAGCUUGAAAGACCGAUUCAUUGGAACGAUUACGUGUGCCUAAGGCACUUCGGCAGUUAUCAAUGCUCUCUCUACGGCCGAUCACUUGUGUUUUUAUGGGCGGGUUUGGUGGUAUCCAUUCUUUGUCUCGUAAUUGAUGUACCAUUGAUCAUCUGCCUGCUACAACUGAAGUGGGGCUCACCUAGGAACCGUGGAAAUCAGCCGCCGCCGUGUGCUUUUCCUCCACCUUACACUAUAAGCGUUGUGAGAAGCAAUCCUUACGCAGAAGGAGCAACAAAUCCCAAUAAUAGAAGUCGCGAGUCUCAGCCUCCUCCGCCAUAUACUCCUUAAGACCGUGAUGAUCCAGAGGUGCACCAUGGAUUGACCGUCAUCUUCAUUCUUGAGGUUCAACGCUUCUUGAGCAUACUACAAUAUGAAGCC